CCAUUUUUUCCCCGUCCCUUGUCCCUUAAAGGUACCAGUAAAAUUGGACUAUUUUCGCGGUAAUCUAAAAUGGCUGACGAAAUUGUAAAUACCAACGAAAACAUUAAUUUAUCGGAUGGGUCUGUGAGUGAUGAAGACAGUCCUCCCCGAAUCAAGAAACAGAAAUCUUCAACUGUAAGACGUGGCUUAGCUGGACUCAUAAAUAAAUCAAAACAAAAUACAGAGAAUGAAUCAGAAGAGGAUUGUCCAACUAAAUACGCCAUCUACUCCACUAAAGUUGCUCGUUGUUUAAGUGAUCGCCAAAAUAAUUAUAAUUUAUUAAAAGUCAGUCUUGAGAAAGAGGAAGAAGAAGAAGAUGAAAAAUCAAAAGAGAGGAAUGGAAUAGAGUUGUGUGAAAAGUCUGUAGUAAGAUCUGAUGCUAUAACAGUGGAAGACCAACCUGACGUUAAUAUUGUCGACAGCCCAGAUUGUAGUUUGUUAUUGGAAGAUUCACCUGUUUCACCGAAAAAAACUGUUCCUCCUAAACGUACCAAAAAACUACAAUCAGCAUUCAAUGUUUUGAAUCGAGCUAAAAAUCUAUUUGAUGAAGAAGAAGAAAGUUUAAACAAUAGUCUGUUAGCUGAUGUAAAUACAGAGGUUAUAGUCACUGGUGUCAGUCCAGUUAUAGAAAAAUCAGAUAUAUUAGUUAAAAUUCUACAUAGAGGCAAGGUUUAUAGAUUUCAUAUGAAAAAAUCAGAUCCAUUUUAUAAAAUACAAAAUUAUUUAGCUAAUGAGAUUGAUGUUAUAUCAACAGAAAUAAUGUUAUUACUGGGUGAUCGAACCAUCUCGGUUAAUGAUACACCUAAUACAAUCAAACUUCAUUUAACAGACAUAAUAGAUUGUCAUAUCCAUACAUCAAAUUCACAAGGUUCUGUAUCCGAUGACAAAUUAGAAACAGACUAUGUUGGAAGGAAUGGGAUAACUCUAUGUGUUCAGAGUAAUAGCCGUAAUUCUAAAGUUAACAUUACAGUUGACAAGAUGGAGCCGUUAAGAAAUUUAAUGGAAAAGUAUGCAGCUGAUAGAAAGAUUGAUGUUUCAUCGUUAAUGUUCAGAUUUGAUGAUGAAGAGAUAAACGCUAGUGAUACACCAGAAGAUUUUGAUAUGGACAAUGGUGAUUGUAUAGAUGCCAUUGAAACAGAGGUGGUGGUCAUUAAAUGAAUGAUGGCCGACAGUGAAAUAACCUCAGAACGUUAAAUUCAAUUAUUAUCUGUGCACUGAAAGGCAGCUCAAACUAUGUGAUGUUCCCGCAGAAAAAUUUACAGCAAAAAUUUGGUACAAAAGAUUAAUAUCUGUGCUCUGAAAGGCAGUUCUGAGUAUGUAAUGUUCCACUAGAAAAUUUAUAGCAAAGUCUUGGUACAAGAACCGUAUAAAAAUUGUCUUCCUAUAUCUCACUGAAUGCCACCAAGUUUGCCACCAUGUUUUUUCACUGUGUGGUACCAAAACUGUACAGGAUGGGGCCAUCGCUCGCUUUCUUCUCUCUCCUUGUGGACAGUUCCUGUGUGACUGCAAUCAACCAUUCAUGGCCACAACUUGAAGAAGCUCCAUAGAAAUCACAGGCUUAUUCUAGACAGGUUGAACUUGUUUCAUUUGAUAGAAAUUUUGCGAAAAUAAACUGAGAACCCACAUAAAAUAACUAGUGCUUAUAAAUAAUUAUGCAUAUCAUCAGGAUGGAAUUAUACAGUGCUGGUUUUAUCUAUAGGCCAGUUAGGUUAAAGCCCAGGACCUUAAGAUGUAGGGGCUUCCAAACAAAGUGUAUAAUAUUUUGACACUGUCAUAAGUCUUUCUCACACGCAUUGUAGUCUUAAACGUCGAGCCCCUCAACCGCAACCUAGCUCAAUUGUGCUUAAAACACACUCGUCUUCCUCUAGUUGUGAGGGUGGGGGAUUGAGAGGAGCCUUAUAAAGGGAAUAGCAUAGGACCUCUUAUUCAUCUAAAUUCAGCAUUGAAAUUAUAUAAUUGCUUUCUGAUUAAUUAGCCUACUAUGUUUAUUGUUAAAAUUGCCAAAAAGACUGAUUUUAUUUUAUGUCUCAAGUCACGUGACUCAUUAUGUAUAUAGUUAGUAUUAGUGCUAUGUGAAAAUAGAAUAUUUGUGUCUUGUGUUAUUAUGUUUUUCUACAUAUAUUUAUAUUGUUAAUAUAGUAGGUAAUAGAGUAUAUAAUAAAAUAAUAGAAAACCAUGGACAUUGUACAAGAUAAAUGUGACUAAAAUGAAAAAUUGAUUUCAUUAUGUGUAUAGUGCUAAAUACUAUGUUUAUGUUGUGUGACAAAUCACAAUAUGAUUUCAUUUUGUGUAUAGUGAACAUUACAAAGUAACUACUAAAAACCUGUUUUUCAUUAUGUCUAUAGUGCUAAAUACAAUAUUUAUGUUAUAUGACUAAUAAAAACAUGUUUUCAUUUUGUGUAUAGUGAAAAAUACAAUGUAACUACUGAAAACCUGUUUUCCAUUAUGUGUAUAGUGCUAAAUACAAUAUUUAUGUUUUAUGACUAAUGAAAACCUGUUUUCAUUUUGUGUAUAGUGAAAAUUACAAUAUAACUACUGGAAACCUGUUUUCCAUUAUGUGUAUAGUGCUAAAUACAAUGUUUAUGUUGUGUGACAAAUCACAAUAUGAUUUCAUUUUGUGUAUAGUGAAAAUUAAAAUGUAACUACUAAAAAACCUGUUUUCCAUUAUGUCUAUAGUGCUAAUUACAAUGUUUAUGUUAUAUGACUAAUAAAAACAUGUUUUCAUUUUGUGUAUAGUGAAAUAUACAAUGUUUAUAUCUUGUAACUAAUUAAAACCUGUUUUCAUUUUGUGUAUAGGGAUAAAUAAAAUGUUUAUGUCAUGAGACUAAUGAAAACAGGAUUUCUAUAUAGGAUAAAAUACAAUGUUUAUGUCAUGGAAUUUUAACCUCCACUUGAUAUAAACUAGGUAAUUUUGGGACCAACAUAUGGUUCAAUUUUAUUUCAAAAUUUCAUCUGCACAGUGUUAAGUGUAGAUAGUACUAAAGUAAUAUGUAAGAGCUAAAUCUUCCUAUUGCAGGACUGUUUUUUUUGGGGGGGGGGGGGCGGCUUAAAAUAUAUGAAUUACUAAUUAGGUAUUUAUUCACGACCAAUCUGGUUAAAACACAGAUCCUAUUUCGUUUCAUUUUUAUAGUUCAAAAUUUUGUUUUACUUGUCUUUACUACACUUGGAUCUGGAAGAGUUGUUAUUUAACUCGUGUUCUGAAUGGUGUCAGGGAUAAGCCAAUGAAACGGUCUGUCACGGCGAGCAUAAGGUGUGUUUUGCACGGAACUGUGGGUAAUCCACUAGUAACAUCAAUGCUGAUUGGUUAAUCAAAUGUCUGACAUCAUAGGGUCAUAAGUCGGUCUUUUGACCCCUGACGUGACCUAUCGCUAUAACUUGUCAGAUCUUCAUGUAGUGUAGGCCAUCGAAAGUAUAAAAAAACGAAACGAAAUGUACAUCUGUAUUUUGAUCAGAUUGAUUCACGACAAGCCCGGGGGCUUGGAUGGCCGAAUGGUUAGCGUGCGCGCGCUGUAUCAUAAAGUCUGCCAUUGAGUCGACUGGCGUGGUUUCGAAUCCCCGGUUGUAAGUGACAAGGAGUAGGGUCGCCUGUCCAACCUCGUGGGUUUUCUCCGGGUCCCUCCCACUGCUAAAGACCCCUACGCGCAAGCGAAUUAUUGAAAUAAAAUUAAACCACAUGUUGGUCCCGAAAUGACCUAGUUUGUGUCGAGUGGACGUUAAACCCCAUUUCUCUCUCUCUCACGACAAGCCCAUAAUCAACUCUUUAGAGCUUGAUAUUGAAUGGAUUGGUGGUAUAGUGCUUUAAAGUGUGUAGUUAAAUCUUAAGGUCUGUCGUCGAGUCAAGUAGUGUGGUUUCAAAUCCCUGCUUGUACGUGACAAGGAGUAGGGUCGCCUGUCAAACCUCAUGAUUUUUUUUCUGGGUCCUCUACUGCUAAAGACCCCUACCCACAAGCAAAUUGUUGAAAUAAAAUUGAAUACUAUGUUAGUCCCGAAAUUACCCAGUUUGUGUCGAGUGGAGUUUAAACCCCAUUUCUCUCGCAUACUGGUUGCAGUGUUUUGAUUAUGAUUAGUGUGUGUAGAAUUGUAAAUAAAAUAUCAAUGAUUGAAUUCUA